AUGCGUUCUUCCGUUGUUUCGAUGCUCGCCUUGGGCGCAGCCGUGACAUCUGCUUUCCCUACCGCUUCUCGUGCCUCGAGCCAGGUCAAGAGAGCCACUUCCUGCACUUUCACCUCUGCCGCUGAGGCUAGCGAAAGUCAGAAGUCAUGCUCCACCAUUGUGCUGGACAACAUCGAGGUGCCUGCUGGGGAGACUCUAGACCUUUCCGACCUCGAGGAUGGCACCAAGGUCAUCUUUGACGGUGAGACCACCUUCGGAUACGAAGAAUGGGAUGGUCCUCUCAUCCGUAUUGAGGGAUCCAACAUCAAAGUGACCGGAACUUCCGGCCACACCAUCAACGGUGGCGGCGCUCGCUGGUGGGACGGCAAGGGCACCAACGGUGGCAAGACGAAGCCCAAGUUCUUCUACGCCCAUAGCCUGGAUGACUCGACCAUCACUGGCCUCAACGUCAAGAACACCCCGGUGCAGGCCUUUAGCGUCCAGUCUGACAACAUUGUCCUGGACAGUAUCACCAUUGAUAACUCGGAUGGUGACUCCGCCGGUGGCCAUAACACUGAUGCUUUCGAUGUCAGUGAGAGCGUUGGUGUGACCAUCAGUAACGCUGUUGUCAAGAACCAGGAUGACUGCCUGGCUAUCAACUCUGGCUCUAACAUCAUCUUCACUGGUGGCUCCUGCUCCGGUGGCCACGGUUUGUCCAUCGGCUCCGUCGGCGGACGCGACGACAACACCGUCAAGAACGUGACCAUCUCGGACUCGACCGUGACCGACUCGGCCAACGGUAUCCGCAUCAAGACCAUCUCCGACGCGACUGGCUCCGUCUCUGAGGUGACCUUCUCCGACAUCACCCUCUCCGGCAUCAGUGACUACGGCAUUGUCAUUGAGCAGGACUACGAGAACGGCAGCCCGACCGGUACCCCUACCACCGGUGUUCCCAUCACCGAUUUGACCGUGGAAUCGAUUACUGGCUCCGUUGAUAGUGAUGCUGAGCAGGUCUACAUCCUCUGCGGUGAUGGUUCCUGCUCCGACUGGACUUGGUCCGGUGUCUCGAUCACUGGUGGUUCCUCCAGCAGCAAGUGUGAGAACGUGCCUUCUGGUGCUUCUUGCUAA